UUAACAAUAAUUAUGAAAAAAAUAAAACUCUCUACAAUCUAUUUUAGGUAAUAUAAUAGAUUAAUUAGGGCCAAAUGAAAUUAAAUCAGUAAGUUUAAAAUACUACACCCUGGUACGCCUUGCUUUUAAUUAGUUAAUUGUUAAUAUUUUUAAAAGUUAAAACUUAAAUUCCAGGAAAAGUGAGCGAAAAAUGGAACAUUUUGACCUGGGAAGUGUUUCACUUUCAGUUUGAUAACAACAGCAUGAGAACGGUUUGUCUCAACUAAAAUGUGAAACGAAUUAUAUUAAUCUACAUCUAAAAAUCGUGUUAUUCCAUCAGUUAACGAUGUCUGGAAAUAUGCUUGUAAGUAUUUUCUGUCCGUACUUCUUAGCAGUGACAGAUUAUUAGUUAGUUUUAUAUAAAAACUCUCUUAGAUUAGAUCAUAAAUUAAAUGAUCUGUACUGUUUAAAAUUAAAAAAAACAACUCAACAAAACAACCUCAAACUUUGUCUUACUGCCUAUAGACUAUAGAACUAUAAUUGGUAUUAAUACAUUUUUAUUACAUUUUUGCCAAAACAAUCAGAAACAAAUUCAAGUUCAAGCUAAAAUUAUUGAUUUUUGGCAAAUCUUAAUUAUUCUUAAUCAUCUUGUCGGCAGUGACACCCAAAAACCUUUGAUAUGAAUAAUCAGAAAGAAAUGAAGUAGGAAGGAAGUGGAAAAUAUUAUUAAUAUUUGAAAAUUUGGUAUAUUGGACAAGACUAAGACUAAUUCUGUCACUAAAUCUAAGUAAAUGUAUCCCUAAACCUAACCUGAACCCUAAUUCAUGGCAACUCCAAUAAACACGCAAAAGACGUCGUGGCAUCCUAUCUUCCUUUUAGCCGAAAAUUUUAAUUGAAUUCUUAACGGAAACUACAAAGACUGGGGCUAAUUUUAAGGACGGCUGCCACGGCGUCUUUUAAGUGUUUGUUAUAGUUGCAGUGAAUUAGGGUUUAGGUUAGAUUGAGGGAUCGAUUUAGGGUUCAGGUUAGGCAUAGGGAUCGAUUUAGGGUUCAUAUUAGGCUUAGGCAUAGGGAUCGAUUUAGGGAUACAUUCGUGAAAUUCGAUAAAAUAGUGGCAGUCGCCCUUAACAUUUACCAAGACUGGGACAAAAUAAAAUAGUAAUCGUUUUAUUAUUUUUUUGGUCACUGAUGAGAGAAAGUGGAACGUAACACUGUCAUCAAUAAUGCAUUUAAUUUUUCAGAAAAUCUGCCAGGAGAGAUUCAAUGGUAAUAAGGGAGAGAGGCUGCAAUCAGAUUAGCAAAAAUGGACAUGUGUAAAACAAAGCAUAUUUCAUUAUAAGAGCAAUGGACACAUGUUAAAAUUAAAGGAAGAUAUAUAGUCAUUAAUACAGAUUUUAAGGAGCCGAUGGAAAUUGGAAAUAAAAAAAAAACAAAAAUCUCAAGUUAUUGUAAAAUAUAGAGAUAUGGAUGCGAAGAGAAAACAACAACAUUAACUUGGCAAAACUCUUUCAGAAAAAUCCUUUAACCAACCAAGCCCUGGUUAACAUGGAAGAACUUGACUUGAUGGAAAGUGCAGCAAAGGAAAUUGAUCCAGAUGAUGAUGAUGAUGUGGAAGUUUUUAGGAUGAAAAAACAACACUUUCAAGCAGCAACGAAAUAUUUGGUUCGUUUAAAUUUGGCUAAAUAUUCAGUAGAAAAAGGAGAUGAAUUUGAAAUAACUUUGAAUAAAAAUACUCAAGACUCUAUAAUCUCUCAGAUAAAGGAAUUCACAUCACAAGAAAUUCCAGUCAGCAAUUAUGAAAGGUCACUUUCAGCCAUGAACGAAUUGUCAGAAAAUUACUUAAAUGUUCAUUUUAUUAUUUCUCGAAGUACAGUAUUGCUAUAUGGCCUGAAGAGAGAAGUGUCCUCAGCGAAACUAGAUUUGCUUGCUCAACUAGGGAACCCGGAUGAAAAUAAUAUGGGGAUGACUGAUUGCAAAGAAACAAACUUUGAAGGAAAAGCCGCAAGUGAUCAAAAUUCACAAGAAAUAGAGUCCAACGUAAAACAAACCCAAAGCUACACACCCAAUGACAAACUUGUCAAUAGUGACGACGGCAGAGUCGGCACCUCUAUAGAAAGCAUAUCCGUAGAGAACACCUCUGUAGAGAGCAGCUCUGUAGAAAGCACCUCUGUAGAGAGCAGCUCUGUAGAAAGCACCUCUGUAGAGAGCAGCUCUAUAGAAAGCACCUCCGUAGAGAGCACCUCUUUAGAAGGUACCUCGGUAAAAAGCAUCUCUGUAGAAAGCACCAGUAUAGAAAGCAGCUCUGUAGAAAGUACCUCUAUAGAGAGCGCCCCCAUCCUUCGCUGUGAGAAAGAAACGUGUAACACAAGCCCACCAGGACAUUCGCAUGUAUUGAAGCACAGGAGAGCUCAGUUUUACGUAGGGCCUAAAACUAAUCUAAAAAUUUAUGUGAGAAAAGAAAACAUCACAAAGCUUGAUGUAGAUAUUAUUGUGACUGCCUCAAAUCAACAGCUGAGACAUGCUGGUGGCGUGGCAAAGGCAGUGGCUGUAGCUGCUGGCCAGUCUUUGGUAAAUGAAUGUAAUUCUCACAUUACUGCCCAUGGACCCCUCGAUAUCACCGAUGUAUUUGUGUCGACUGGUGGACGUUUAAGAGCAACCUAUGUGAUACAUGCUGCUGGGCCUAAGUGGGAGGCUUACGAAGAUAAACGCAAAUGUUUAACAGAUUUGCGUAGAACUGUUAUCAGGUGUCUGGUCGAAGCAUCAAGGCUACAGAAAGUAUCCAUAGCCUUGCCAUCUAUCAGUGCUGGUAAGCAUUUUUAUUAUUGUUAGUAGUGAAGACGAAAGCAAUGUCAAAAUGGUUUAAAUAAACAUAAUUUCAUAAGAAGAAAAUAUAUUUAGGAAGCAUGUAAAUUUCAAAUAAUUUUUAAAAAUAUAUUUUUUGAAGUCAUCAAAUACCUUUAAUCAAUUAAUAAUUCCUUUAAAAAAAUUGUGUUGAUGUUCAAUGAAAAAAAAACAAUGGAGACUUAAUAUCCCAAAUAAUUAUAAUGAGUUUUUUAGGUAAAAAGAUAGUUUAUUUUUUUGUCCUGAGAGAAAUAAAAUUUUUAAUAAUGAGAUCAAGAUCUUAGUUUAAUAUCAUAAUUUAGAUCACAAAUUUAAUGCUAUACAGUACUAAACUAUACAUAAAUAAUAUAAUUACGUUGCUUCAUUUCAUUAUAUAAAAAGACAUAAUUGGUGUUACUUUCAAGCAUCUUUCGGGGUGGGGCUGUGCGCCUUAGAGCAAGUCAAAUUUCACCACGCAGAGAAAAAUGUAUACAGCAAUACAGAGAAAAAAUUAUUUAAAAAAAUAAAAAAUAAAAUGUCAUUAAAAAACAUUUUAAGAAACUGUAAAAGUAGUAGGCCUAAAGUGUAUGUAGUAAAACAAAUUAAGUAAUGAAAUAUAAGAAGCUAUGAAAUAUCGCUACGCUCCAUAGAUUUUAGGCCCAGAAGGCUCAAGGCAAAUCUAGAUACGCUAUUUCUUUCUAAAUAACAUUGGUCUGAAUAUGGGCCAAUCCAGCGCAUAAUCUGCAAAUUUUCUCCAUUGUUCACAUCUAGGCAUAUCUUUCGGUAUUUUUGUCCCCAACAUCCAUAGUUCAAAGACACGCAUUGUGGGAAAAAGUACGCCCUAUACUCGGUACAUUACGGGAUGAAACUAACUAAAAGGAAUUUAUUUGUAAUAUUUUGAUGUAAAUUCUAGCUAAGUAUCAAACAUUAGCAAUCUCUAUUCAUUUUCUAUCUCUUGUUAAAGUGAAUUUAUAUUUUUAUAUUGGUUUUGUAAAUUAAUAUUUUGAUUUUCUAAUCAGUUCUAUUUAAUACCUUUUAUACUAGUUUUAGAACAAAAAUUCCCCCCAUUUAAAUCUUAGAAUUUGAAAGAAAAAACUUGUUUUAAAGAAGACCGAGGAGUUUUACAACAGACGUCAUUUGUUGAUACAUUUGUAAUUAAUCCAACGAUUUCUGGCCGCCAUCGCCCCACACAUGAUCAAAGUGACCUUUAGGGGGUUGGGGCGAAAGUAAGCUGGGGCCAAAAUCAUACUAGGGCGCGUCACAAACUGGAGUGACCUCGAGUUAUAUAUAGACAUGGGGUUCAUUAAAGACUAGCUAUUUAGAAGCAGCUCUGAGCCCCUUCCCAGACACCUCCUCACACUUUCGCUCGGGAGCCAUCUGUUCCCUUGAAUGUUGCCCCCCCCCCUUCCCAAAAUCACUGCGUUGUCAGUACGUACAACCUUUUUUUUCUGACAAUGAUAUUAUUUUCCUUCAAUGUUAUAGAUUGCAGGAGAGAAAAUAAAGUGGGACAAAAAGUAACGAUUAUGUUGAUUGAAAGGGUCAAAGCUAGAGCUGACCCCGGUCAUCAUUAUACGUAAUGUUUGCGCUAAUAGAUUCAUUUCCCAGGUGAUGGAGUAAAAUGACCCCCCCCCCCCUUUUUGUUUUAGUCACAGGAACAAUUUGAAAAAAAAAUCCCACUGGACAUAACUGUUCAGGGGUCCCCAUAAAUGACGACCGCAAGUGGUUGGGUCUUGGGUGGGGGUGCAUCUUUCAAUAGCGGACAAAUGCUUAAAGGGAGCAAGGGGUCUUGCGGACGUCCGCAAUUUAGCUUUCGUUAUUCGCUGCUUUAGUCCCACUGUGUGUAUUCCUAUAUGGCUGAUCUAUUUUUAGGCUCAUUCAUGGGCGCCCCCCCCCUCGAUUGAUUGGAUAACAAAUUUUUAGACAAAAAUAGACCAAAAAAAUAUUAAAGUAAAGAGAAAAUAAAGAGAAAGUAACUAAGCUGAUGUCCUGUCCGUUCGUUCACCAUACAAAUACGCUACAGUAAAUUAAAACUAUAUUAAAACAUGACUAACAUUUUUUUGCCCCCCCCCCUUGGAAAGUUAAUCAAUUUUUUUGCCCCCCCCCCUAGAAAGUUUUCUGCGGGCGCCCAUGGGCUCAUUGUAUGUAUUCCUAUUUGGUUUAUCUAUUUUUAGGCCCAGUGUAUGUAUUCCUGUAUGGGUGAUCUAAUGUUAGGCCCACUGCGCGUAUUUCUAUAUGGCUUAUCUAUUGUUUAGACUCGCUGUAUGUAUUUCUAUAUGGCUUAUUUAUUUUUAGACCCACUGUAUGUAUUCUUAUAUGGCUGAUCUAUAUUUUAGGCCCACAGCGCGUACUCCUCUUUGGCAAAACAUGGCAGUGAUUUUAUUUUUAGACUUCAUAAAAUAAAUAACAUGGAUUUAAUAGAUUUUCCAAUAAAAGUUGGCUGCAUUAGAAAUAUUACAGAGGUUCAGAAUUUUAGGAUAAUUAUUAAAUGUACGCAGUUUGUGAAGACCCUUUCGACCCUGGGCAUUAGUAUGUAUACUCUUCAAAAUACCCCCCCUCCCCCCCUCCAGUGCCCUAUGUAAUCAAUGGAUGGCCCCUUAUCAAACUGUUUUACAAGUUUAAUUCUAGUGACUUUUUCCUCUUUAUUAUCAUUAUUUGAUUCGGACAUUUUGCACCGUAAAUUUUCGAAUGCUACGGCGGGCCUCCGAAACCCCGGAAAAAGGGGGGGGGGGGAACAUACGGUCAAAAGGGGAGGGGAAAAAAUGCGCAUUUUUUUGCAGACAUCCUUUUUGGAUAACCCCUAGUUAAAGUUGUUGUUUUAAUUUCAUUUGUAGGAAUUAUCUCAUUCUAUAUGGCUUAUCUAUUGUUUAGACUCGCUGUAUGUAUUUCUAUAUGGCUUAUCUAUUGUUUAGGCUCGCUGUAUGUAUUUCUAUAUGGCUUAUCUAUUGUUUAGACUCGUUGUAUGUAUUUCUAUAUGGCUUAUCUAUUGUUUAGACUCGCUGUAUGUAUUUCUAUAUGGCUUAUCUAUUGUUUAGACUCGCUGUAUGUAUUUCUAUAUGGCUUAUCUAUUGUUUAGACUCGCUGUAUGUAUUUCUAUAUGGCUUAUCUAUUGUUUAGACUCGCUGUAUGUAUUUCUAUAUGGCUUAUCUAUUGUUUAGACUCGCUGUAUGUAUUUCUAUAUGGCUUAUCUAUUGUUUAGACUCGUUGUAUGUAUUUCUAUAUGGCUUAUCUAUUGUUUAGACUCGCUGUAUGUAUAUCUAUAUGGCUUAUCUAUUGUUUAGACUCGCUGUAUGUAUUUCUAUAUGGCUUAUCUAUUGUUUAGACUCGCUGUAUGUAUUUCUAUAUGGCUUAUCUAUUGUUUAGACUCGCUGUAUGUAUUUCUAUAUGGCUUAUCUAUUGUUUAGACUCGCUGUAUGUAUUUCUAUAUGGCUUAUCUAUUGUUUAGGCUCGCUGUAUCUAUUUCUAUAUGGCUUAUCUAUUGUUUAGGCUCGCUGUAUCUAUUUCUAUAUGGCUUAUCUAUUGUUUAGACUCGCUGUAUGUAUUUCUAUAUGGCUUAUCUAUUGUUUAGACUCGCUGUAUGUAUUUCUAUAUGGCUUAUCUAUUGUUUAGACUCGCUGUAUGUAUUUCUAUAUGGCUUAUCUAUUGUUUAGACUCGCUGUAUGUAUUUCUAUAUGGCUUAUCUAUUGUUUAGACUCGCUGUAUGUAUUUCUAUAUGGCUUAUCUAUUGUUUAGACUCGCUGUAUGUAUUUCUAUAUGGCUUAUCUAUUGUUUAGACUCGCUGUAUGUAUUUCUAUAUGGCUUAUUUAUUUUUUAAAUGAAAGUAUUAAAUAUUUUUACAAACUUCUUGAUAACUUGUGUUAUAUCCUCCACAGCUCUGCUUAAAGUACCCGAAGAAUUAUGCGCUCAAUGCUACGUGGAAGCUGUCAAGAGUUUUGAUGACUUUGCUGAUAAGUUGGGCGUCGUCUCUGUCAAGGACGUCCGAUUUGUUGAUGUUGAUGACGUUAUGGUGAAUAUCAUUGAAGAGAAGUUUACAAGCGAAUGGCCCAAACCAGUUGAUGGGAAGAUUGCUAAAGGGGAUUUCGAAUUUGCACUGCAGCACCUCUCCAAAAAAGGUGAUGACAUAUUUGGUAGAUCUGUUAUUAAAGACAAAGAUCAACGCCAGUCAUACAAAGGGAUGAGAUUACUUGAUGAUGAAAGCACAGGAAAGUUACAUCAAGAAGAUGUAUCAACUACAAUAAGCUAUCAAGUCAAUUCAAUACAGAUUAGUAUUGUUACAAAACCAGCCACUGUUUAUAGAUCAACAAUUGUGGUGGUUGGAGAAUUAUUUGAUGAAUUAAGUGGGCUACAUGAAUUCAAUGUUAAAGAUUUAGCUAAACCUAUUCAUGAUUUACCAAUACAAAAGGGAGAGUUUCAAUAUCUAUCACUUUCAAAACCUGAUGGAAGUCGGUCAACCUUGAUAUGUCAAUUGCACCCAAACCCGGACAGCCCAGGUAAUGUUACCAAAGCUUUUGGCAACUUGGAUAAUGCCAAAGAAAUCCACAAGUCAAACUCGGUGGUCUUCACAAGUGCAAUCUUUUACGCCAGUAAGUGAAUUUUAUUAUUUAGUUUUGAAUCAAAUAUUUCUAGUGAAAGAACAGAUUGCCAAAAACCAUGCAGGGAUCAAAUGUUUGGAGUUGAAGAUAUCCCCUUUCUACAGCAACUACUAACAGUUCAUGAAAGUAUAAUCAAGAUAGAUCAUGAGUAGAGUCGUUUAAUAAAAUGUCAAAUAAUGAUGCUGGCUGCCACAGCAAUGAAAUGGUCAUUAAAUAAAUUAUGUUUCAAUGGUUUGAUUUUUCCCUACACAAUUUGUGCCACUAUUUUCUCAAAUUUUUGUUUUUAGAUGUUCACUAAAAGUGAAGACAUUUUUUUUAGCAUAGGUGGUUCUCGAUUGAUAAACGAGUUCUGUUCCUAUAGGUAGUUGUAUUUAUAAUUUUUUUUAAUGCCUCAAAGCAUCUAAUUAUUAAAAUUUUUGUAUGUAUGAUGCAAUCUUAUAAGUUAGCUGUUAUUUUUUACAAUCGAAAGGCAUUGUAUUAAAUAAUGAAAUAUACAUUUUUUAUUUUAACGAUUUAUUACAACAAUAAAAUAAAGUUUUCAAAAUGCUAAAUAAAGUAAGAUUGUUAACUUUAAUUAAGAAAAUAAACAAAAUUAUAUAAAUUGUGACGUUUGUUAUUCUAACUCUAGUGACUGUUGGUAAACUUGAGAAUUAACUGUUCUUUUAUUUUUGGUUUAUCAUUGAACACAUUGAUGUUUAUUUUUACAUCCAUUUUCAGAAUCCACGAAAACAAGAGAUCACAGUAAAAUUAUUUCAAGAAUAACACAGAUGGUAUUCAAUUUUGCUGCAGGAACCUCUAGGAAUAAUUCAGUUAUAACAUCAAUUUUAAUUGCCACUGGUGCAGAUUGCAUUCCACAUGUCAUCAAAAUAUUGGACUCAAGGAAUGCAGAAAAGAUUUUUCCAGGGAAUGCAUUAAAAGGUUUGUUUAAUUUAAUUUUAUUGCAGACCAAGAUAUUUGACUAGGGGAGAGUGGAAAUUGUACUUUUUACACUUAGUUCGUACAGGAAAAAGUAAAACUUCCACUCUCCCCUCCCUGUUGCACGCGUACACUUUUUUAGACACCCCCCUACGCGGGCUUUCGACUAAACCAAUGGUCAGCAAACUUAUUAGUCAAAAGAGUAAAAAAUCAACAGCAGGACAAUUAAAUUUUUAUUUGGAGCUAAGUUUCUUUUCAAGAACUUGUCAAGAACCAUGUUUUUCGGAGUCAAAACCGAUUUGUGGGCAAUUGGCCGAGCCGCACUCAGGUCGAUAAAGAGCCGCAUGCAACUCGCGAGCCACGAUUUGCCGACCCCUGGACUAAACCAAACCAAAACACACCAUUAUGACCUCAUAGUAAAAAAUAUGUCAUGGGUUUUCAUAGCUGUUUGGCGAUCUCAGUGGUUCCCAAAAUAUGUGCCUCGUCACCCUGGGAUGCCGCAUCUCUCUUGGGUAGGGCCAUGCGAAAGGGGCAAUCCUUUAUUUAAUAAAAAAUUAAUUAGUAUCUCGAAGAAGUGUAUUUUAUUCGAAUUUUAUAUAGUGCACCCCAUAAAAACCUAAAUUUGGCAAGGCGACGAAAAUUAAAAAUAAAUGUUGGAACCACUGGAGUGGACGAAAAAACAACUAAUUACGUCACGCUCGUGAAACAUACAAGAAGGGCCGUCACAUAAAUCAUGACACGCAGAAUUUUAAGAAAUAAACAAGAAAUUAACAUUUGUUACUUUAGAGGUGAUGGACUUUAGCAAUUAACUUGGCCAUGAGAUAAAGUACUUGAAGUCGUUCUCUCUUUCUUGCGGCCCUUUAAUUUGCAACACGUAUAAUUUUUAGAAUCGGAUCCCAAUAAUAUAACGACUCUAUGACUCCUAGAAACUUUCCAUGGUCAUUUUCACCGAUGCCCUGGUAACCGCCAAGCAAAACAAGCCCCGGUUUACUAAUGAAUGAUACAACAUCAAAUAUUCGUUUCAUAAUGUUGUACCACUCAACAUAUUCUGUUUCCACUGAUGCCCCCCUGAUCACAGGCGUCUUUCUAGUUCUCGCAAAGCCAGAUAACACUGCCUAAGACAUUUGCUUCUCUCAUGUCCUGGGAUGCAAAUACAUAAUUGUCGCCAUUGUUUCAGCUGCUGGCCAUCCUUCAGUUGAUGCAAGCAUUGCCUCAGAUCAGUGGUUCUCAACCUUUUUAGUGCCACGACCCUUUAACAGUUUCUCGGGUCGUGGCGACCCCAUUAUUUUCGUUGCUACGUCAUAGGUGUAAGGAAAUUUGUUUUCAGAUGGUCUAAGGCGACCUUUGGAAAAGGGUCCCGCGACCCCCAAAGGGGUCGCGACCCACAGGUUGAGAGCCGCGGCCUUAGAUGUUGAGCUAACGCUGCAGCAAAUCUUGUCCCAAAUUAAUGGACAAAGAAAACAAAAUAAUGCUUGUAUUACUUCACUCCAGACAAAUCUAUGUCGGUCAUGGUUUUCAACAUUAAAAAUUCAAAAUGUUAGUACACGUUCGGAAAAAAAACUAUUGUUACCUACCGUUAGGGUUUUAAAGAUUUAAUAUGUGUUAAUAUUUGGCCUGUAGAAGAAAUAAAACGUAAUAAAAGACCGAGAAAAAAACAGUUUGGAAAGAAAACAACACCAAAGCCAGUGGUUGAGAACUAGAUUUGGGGGUGUGAUUGUUUGAUAUGGAAAGUUGUAGGUCGUGAGGUCAGUUGGUUCCUGGUGUUGAGUUAGUGUAUGCUGAUUGUUUGCAGUGUAAGUUUAUAAAAGGCGGUGUGAUAAGUAAUUUUUGAAAACAGCGGUGGGUAAGGUGAUCGUGCAAGUACUAAUUGUAUGAUUGUCUGAAUAGAGGACGUUUUCAUUGAACCUGUCGUUAUCGCUUGUAAAUAAAGACCUAAGAAUUUUCAAAAUGAAAUCUGUGAAUUGUAUUCUUCCAGGAUAGUAUUGUAACGCCUAGACAACUGCUGCCCUAUUAUAAGACGUUUCAAUUGUGGGAGUUCUUAAUGUGAAAUGAGUCUUAACGUUACGCAUACCGUAACUUUUGGUUUUAACAUUAGUAAUUUCUUAAUAUAUGUAAAGACCUAACCAAAGAAGAUCGUAACACUAGUGAUACUGACAAUAUUUAAUUGAAUUAUAAAAAAUAAUUUCUAUACUAAUACUAAUCUGUGUACUGAAGCAAAAAAAUUUAUCAACCUACAGCAAGUGGAAAAAGUUAAAAUCCUCGAAAUACAAAUAUUAAAUUAUACACACUAUAAUAUAACGUCUUGUAUCUCUAUAUAAUUCUCGCUAUGUCUAUCUAAGUUUCGAUAAGUCUGGAGGGCUAUCGAUAGGAAUUAAAUCCGAACGUUCUAGUAAAGAAAAUCCACAAAUUGCGUCACCUAAUGUUAUCGUGAGAACAAAUGGAACACAACGUUUUCCACAGCCAAGAAAGGGGCGGGCUGAGAAGGUCAUUACUAGUAAACACGCUGUGGAGGCUAAAAUAGCUCUAUGUCAGUUGAAGUUUAAAAAUAAGCCAAGCCCUAUGGCACACUAGACUAUAAUACAUAACAGGUGGCUAACUAUAUCUUUGGGAUAUGUUUUAGGAAAGCCAGUAUGACAUUUAAUAACAAUACAGUUAAUUUUAAACAAGGCUACGAGACGGUUUUGCCAUACUCAAAAAGUAUAAAGGAUGAAGUAGGUAUCCAUGGCCCCCUUUUUGAGCUGCAUAGGCCCAGGGGCAAUAUACAGGCUGUGUCACCCUCUCAUCAGGCCUGAUAGUUUUCACGCAUCACAACUUUCUGCUUGCAAUCAUUCUUAGUACAGGGAGUGCACCAUGUUACUAUGAGAACGAAACGAUCUCAUGUUGGACAGAUAACGUAUCGAAAUUAUGCUUGAUAAUGUAUUACACAAAUAUUAAAACACUGAUUCUUUUGUUGAGACGCGUUCGUUUACUGUUUAAAAAAAUAUUUUUUUGUUCGUAUCGAGUAGCGCCGUUGUGUCAGUCUCAAAAAGCUAUCGUUCAAAUGUGUUCGGUCCACCAGCACAAAUAGAUAAUGGUGCUUACUACCGCAGAUGUUACUUCCAUUGUAUUUAUAUAACACUUCACACAGUUUUCAAAUACAUUUUAAAAUCUUUUAUUAUUACUUAUAGCCCGUAAACAUUUUUUUUACACAUUUGUAACCAAGCAACUAAAAGUUUAUAUUAUUUUCUUUAUCACGGAUCAGAAGCUGGUAAUGAAGGAGCAUCAUGUGGUUAUCCAGCAAAAUCAGGGGACUUUCCACCACCAAUAGGGAGCUUUUCGGCAAGAUCAAGGGACUUUCCACCACCAAUGGGGAGCCUUUCGACAAGAUCAAGUUUCUUUCCAGCAGCAAAAGGGAGCUUUACGGCAAUGUCAAGGGACUUUCCACCACCAAUGGGGAUCUUUUCUGCAAGAUCAAGGUUCUUUCCAGCAGCAAAACGGAACUUUUCGGCAAGAUCAAGAAACUUUCGAGUAAAAGCAGGGGGCUUUCCAGAUACCUUAAGUGGUUAUCUAGCAACGCCAAGGGUUGUUAAAGGUAAAGUAAACGUCAAUAAAGUGACACCAGGGCAGAUUUUAAUGCUUAGUAAAAAUUAAAAAUGUUGACAUCUUUUAUGUUUUUCUUUCUGCAUACACAUGUUAAAAUAUAAAACCCACUCUAUAUCCCAUCUUAUUAAAAGGGAUGAAAUAAAAUGAAAUUAAAGCCAAAAUUAAAAAAAAAAGUCAAGUCGUACUAAAACGUAAUAAAUGUGUAACGCGUUUUUUUUUGUUUUUUUUUUUUGCAUUGCAGAUCUGGGCUCUCCAGUAAACUCACAGGACCGCUGCUCUGUGUGUUUUGAAAGUAUAAACAUUGAAUCACUGAAAUGCUGCCAGGCAUUGUUAUGUUCUACUUGUUUGGGCAAAGUUUCCAUCUGCCCCUUGUGUAGAUGUCCCUUCGCUAUUUUAACAGGCAUGCAACCCAAGGGAGAAAUGAACUGUUUUUAUUCAUCUCAAGACGUCGAAGGCUAUGAGAGAAAAGGCAGUUUGGAGAUUUGCUAUAUCAUUCCUGCUGGAAUCCAAACAGUGAGCUUUUUGUCAUAAAUGUGUGUUCUUUUUGUUGGGGGAUAUCAAUAUUUACUAAUGCAAAAAAUGUUACAUUUUUAAACCUCAUUCCUCUGUUAAACCACUCAUGCUUAUAUAAGAAUUAUAUUUUAACCCCCACAACCAGCUGUUUCAAUUUAUUUAUAGACAUUUGUGACGCACUUGCAAUUAAUUCAAGUCAACGUCAUUAUUUUCUCUGGCGUCUGUCUGAAGUAGCCAAUUACUCCCCAAACUGCGCCACCGCGCACUGGGAGGCAGCGGCUUCAUGACAGAGGCGUCGCUUAAUGUUACACAAGUAUCACAAUUUUAUUUCCAUUUCAAACCGAAGUGACAUGUUGCGAAUUCUGUUAGAUCCGGUGCCAACUAGUAAAUCACUUAAAUAAUUUAUAUUUACAGACACUUCUGCACAUGGCUAGUAGAUGGCCCUUAGUGAUCUACUAACAUAUUUUAUUCAUUUUUACGACACCCUUUAAAUUAAAAAAAAAGUCGCUAUCAUUAGGUCUACUUGCUAGAAUUCAGAAACCUGGAUACGGCCCGGGCGAAGAGAUUAGGAAAAGUUUGGUAAUCAUUGGGGUAGUCAAACAAAAUUCUGUCACAAAUUAUGCCACACGCACGGAAACAUAUCAAGGAAAACAUUGGACAUAAAGUUGUCCCUAGAUUGAACAUUACUGUAACUAGGGGCUUAACCGGGUGCAGUUUUUUUAAACCGGGUUCGGGUAAUUUGAAAAAAAAAGACACUUUGGGUCCAAAUGUUACAAAAAAUGAGUUAACUUCUCAUUUUCUAUAAUAUACAACGAAAUCUACUGCACUAUCUUUAAAAAAAAUAACCUCCACGUUUUGAUUCAAUCAUUUCAAAGACUGUUUUAUUUCCAGAAGGAACUUCAACAUCCAUCUCCCGGAAAGCCCUAUAAGUCAAUAAAAAGAACCGCUUAUCUUCCAGCUACUGACGAUGGCUAUAGAGCAUUACGUCUUUUAAGAGUUGCAUUUCACAGACGUUUGAUCUUCACAAUAGAUGUCUCACAUACAACACGAAUGGAAGGGAUUGUUUGGAACAUUCACCACAAGACAAGUCGUAAUUCGUCUACGUAAGUAGCAGACAACACAAGGCAUCAGAGUUGCUAAGGUUGAGCUAUACUGAGCUAAUUAAGGCACUACGUGGCACUUAUUAAUGAAAAUAAUUUCACUAAUGAAGAAACAAUACAUAACAAAUUACACGUUUCUUAUACUUUUAAUAAAAUAAUAAUCUUUUUCACUGUUUCCAGAACUGCUCUAAAUUAUUUACCUUCUCAUUUUUUAGACAUGGUUACCCAGAUCCAACGUAUGUAACUAGCUUGAUGGAUGAGUUAAGGCAAUAUGGAGUGACAGAUGACUCUGUGACCGUGGAUGAGAAAAGAUUAGUUGAAAAAUUUAUGGAAAGUCUGAGCAGAAAAAAGAAGCAGUUUGCAGAGUUUGAUUAAUCACUUGACUCAACAAUUUUUUAAGAUCAUCAAAGACUUUAAACAUAAUUAAAUUUUUUGUGUGAUGUCAUUAGAUUUUAAAAAUAUUUUGCUUUUACUGUUACUUGUAUAGAUUACCCGGGGGAUGGGAAUGUACCAGUAGUGUUGCUGCAUGUAUCACAAGUAACACAAUUUUAACUGUGCUAAUAUUUUGUUUAAUAUUGGUUGCAUGUUUUUAGUCCUCACAAGGCCCAAGUUAUCUAAUCUUCAUCAAAUAACAUUUUAUUCAGUAGUCAUUAAGUCAUAUGUUAUUCAGUGUUCAUAAAAUCAAUGUUAUUCAGCCUACAUACCUCUUGUGUAUUUUUUAAUGUACCGUUAUAUUUUUGAAAGAUUUAUUCUUUGUUAACAUUUCGCUCGUAGAAAAACAAUACGUAACAAAGACUGAGAAAAACAGAAUGUAAAGAAACAACUCCAGUGGUAGUUAUACUAAAAAUAUUUAAUUCAAUUGUAUAAAUAUUUUUCUAGACAAAUCUAAAUUUUAGUACAGAAG